AGUGAGAGUAUAAAGUCUGGCGAGAGCCUGMUGAGGCGGAAAUACGGUUGAUGACAGCGAUCCUCCUUCCGUCUGUACGUGGAGAAAGCAGUCUGAUCGCUGGGAGGACCAUGUCAUGCGGGCUGUGGAAAGAAACCCUGGCUAUAGCAGAGGACUACCUGUCUGUCUGCAGUAUUAUCCCUGCCAGUAGGUCCCGGAAAGCCCCGCCCGGUCCUCCUCCCAGCGACUCGGCUGCAGCCAUGCGGCGCCAGGCCCGGGACAUGGAGGCCAAGCACCGGGCCCGCUUCCAUGCCAUGGCACACAGCUUCCUGUGCCAAUGCGGGCCGGACCCCUGCGCCUGUCUGAGGAGGGUGAUGGAGGAGCUGGUGGGAGACGGACAGAUGAACUGGGGGAGGGUGGUCUCUCUGUUCACCUUCACUGGUGUGCUGGUCAGAGAACUACAGGGAGAGGACACCGACCAGGGGGCUGGUAAUGGCAUGGGGCUGGGGGGAAGGAGAGCUGCAGGCCUGGCGGAGACCAUAGCAGACUACCUAGGAGAGGAGAAGAGUGACUGGAUGCUGGAGAACAAAGGCUGGGAGGGCUUCUGUAAGUUCUUCCACACAGCAAGAGAGGUGAACCAGGACUCGUCCAUGAAGACUGCCCUGUUUGCUGCUGGCGUGGGCAUCGCAGGGUUAACCUUCCUCUGGUCCGCUAACACACAAGCCCUGCUGCAUCAUCAGUCUCCUUUCAAAGUGAUGCAGUGUGGUAGGUCUUCAAUGGGUUAAAUGGUGUCAAACAGGGGCAAACACUGUCUUGAAAAUGAGGGUGGGGGAGAGACUAACUUAGGGCCAAAAUAUCUUUUUUGAAUAGUGGAUGGGACAUGUCCCCUUCACCCCCAUGUGUCACACUGAAGCAGGAUUCCAUUACAUGGUUUAGUUCAUUCAUCAACUGAAUGUUUCCACAUCUUUCAGCCCGCAGUAAAACCUUCAACUAUUACAACUCUAUUAUUCAGUCGUACCUAGAGAUUGUACCAUAACAAACGAAAGGCCUUCUGAAAUGAUGAAAUAUGUCAAUAUUAUUAGUUGCAUAUCUUUCCGCUGUUAUGUUAUUAAAAUCUAGUAUUUUGUCAAAGCGAGCGCACAGGGACCACAUGUUGUGUUGACCACAACU